AUGCCUGCUUACCACUCAAAAUUCGAGACGACGCAACUUGUCGGCAAUAUUGGACUUUUGCCUUUGCGAACUUCGUUCAAAGGCCCAGCUCCACGAACGGAUGGCGAGGAUAUCAUCGAUGAGGCGUUAACCUAUUUCAAGCCAAAUAUCUUCUUCCGUGAAUUCGAGAUCAAAGGACCCGGUGAUCGUACGUUGAUCUACUUGACAUUUUACGUCACGGAGUGUCUGCGAAAGCUGCAACGAAGCCCAAACAAGAACAAUGGACAAAAGGAUCUGGCAAUGCUAGCUUUAUCGUCUCAGCUUCCAAUUCCUGGAGAAUCCGGUUUUCCCUUGAACAGCAUGUACAAACCGCCACGGGACAAGAUGGAAGAGGAAACGAUGCGUGCUUAUUUGCAGCAAUUGCGCCAAGAGCUUGGAGUGCGACUUUGCGAGUUGACCUUUCCCGAUGCGAAUCAAAAACCCUCGAAGUGGUGGCUGAGUUUUGCUAGAAAACGUUUCAUGGACAAGGGACUCGUCUCGCCUGGAGUUUCUCUU